GCUCUCUCCUUCCCGGAAAUGGGUGGACCCGGCCGGCGGCAGGUAAUGAGCAGACCCAAAUCUACAAACUGGCUGGCUACCAGAAGGACUGAUUUCUGAACUUUUUCUAAGUAUGGCUUGCAGAAGAAUAGGAGGCCAUGGACACACUCUUUCUCCAGCUUCCUCCAUUAACUGUGUAAAAGCCCUAGCAACUGGAAUUCGAACACAUAGUAUAUGCAUGGUAUCUGAUUUUUUUUAUCCAAAUAUGGGAGGAGUGGAAAGUCACAUCUACCAGCUGUCACAGUGCCUGAUUGAAAGAGGGCACAAAGUUAUAAUUGUCACCCAUGCUUAUGGAAACCGAAAAGGCAUUCGUUACCUUGCCAAUGGUCUGAAAGUUUAUUAUUUACCUUUGAAGGUCAUGUACAAUCAGUCUACAGCAACAACGCUCUUCCACAGUCUGCCUCUGCUCAGGUACAUAUUUGUGCGGGAGAGAGUCACCAUAGUCCAUUCCCAUAGUUCCUUUUCUUCCAUGGCUCAUGAUGCACUCUUCCAUGCCAAGACAAUGGGACUACAGACAGUUUUUACAGACCAUUCUCUCUUUGGAUUUGCUGAUGUCAGUUCGGUGCUUACAAACAAACUUCUAACUGUGUCACUGUGUGAUACAAACCACAUCAUUUGUGUCUCUUACACUAGCAAGGAAAACACUGUACUAAGAGCAGCACUGAAUCCUGAGAUCGUAUCGGUCAUCCCUAAUGCUGUUGAUCCCACUGACUUCACUCCAGACUCAAGUAGAAGGGAUGAUAGUACGAUAACAGUUGUUGUUGUCAGCAGGCUUGUUUACAGAAAAGGUAUAGAUUUGCUUAGUGGUAUAAUUCCUGAACUUGGUCAGAAAUAUCCAGAUUUACAUUUCUUAGUUGGAGGAGAAGGACCAAAGCGAAUAGUUUUGGAAGAGGUACGGGAAAGAUACCAACUACAUGACAGAGUGCGUCUUUUAGGGGCUUUGGAACACCAGGAUGUUAGAAACGUCUUGGUCCAGGGACACAUUUUUCUCAAUACUUCUCUCACUGAAGCCUUCUGUAUGGCAAUUGUGGAAGCAGCCAGUUGUGGUUUACAGGUUGUGAGUACAAGAGUUGGUGGAAUCCCUGAGGUGCUACCAGAAAAUCUUAUCAUCUUAUGUGAGCCCUCAGUGAAAUCUUUGUGUGAUGGUCUGGAAAAAGCUGUUGCCCAGAUCAGGUCAGGAACACUACCAACCCCAGAAACUAUCCAUAACAAAGUAAAGACAUUCUAUACAUGGAGGAAUGUCGCAGAGAGAACUGAAAAAGUGUAUGACAGAGUUGCAGAUGAAGUGGUAUUACCAAUGGACAAGCGGCUUGACAGACUAAUAUCUCACUGUGGCUCAGUGACUGGGUGUAUUUUUGCUCUUUUUGCUGUAUUAAGCUUCCUUUUCCUGGUAUUUCUGAGAUGGAUGACUCCAGAUUCCAUUAUUGAUGUUGCAGUAGAUGCCACGGGUCCUAGUGGAGCAUGGACUCAACAGUAUUUUCCUAGUAAAAAAGGAAGUGAGAAAGAAGAGAUUUUAAACCGUUAA